CUCAAUCACUGACAUUAUAUCUUAUUCGUCAGCCACAGCUUCAUCAGCAAAUUUAGCCACCAUACAGAGUGGUGCAAAUUACCUUGUAUUAUUUUGAUGGGUAUUCUUUGCUUCCUGAUUAUCGCUGCUUAUUUACUCCCUUCCUUCUCAGUUUCAGUAGCAGUAGAUUCCAUUGCUCCGACCCAGUUCAUAAGAGAUGGCAUGACCUUAGUUUCUCAAGGUGGAGACUUUGAACUUGGUUUCUUCAGUCCUGGACAAUCAAAGAAACGCUACCUUGGUAUUUGGUACAAGAAUGUCCCAAUUCAGACAGUAGUUUGGGUUGCAAACAGAAUAAACCCAAUCAACGGUUCAUCAGGUAUUCUAACAUUAAACACCAGCGGCAACCUUGUCCUGCGCCAAAAUGACACUGUCGUUUGGCAGGCAAACUCAGAGAAAACAGCACGUAAUCCAGUGGUGCAGCUCUUGGAUUCUGGCAAUCUGGUAUUGAGAGAGGAAAACGAAGCAAAUUCAGAAAAUUAUUUGUGGCAGAGCUUUGACUUUCCGUCGGAUACAUUAAUGCCAGGUAUGAAAUUUGGAUAUAACCUGAAGAAAGGAAAGAACUGGACUCUCACAGCUUGGACGAGUCCAGAUGAUCCCGCUCCAGGAGACUUCUCUUGCGUUACAGAUACCCAUAACUAUCCAGAUUCUGCACUAAUGAGAGGAGAUAAGGUUUAUAGCAGAUUUGGACCCUGGAAUGGUCUCCACACAAGUGGCUCACCGGACGUGAAGCCCAACCCUGUUUAUUACUUCAAAUUCAUCUACAAUAAGGAAGAGAUCUCCUACACAUACUAUCUGACAAACAGUUCUGUAUAUUCAAGGAUAGUAAUGAACCAAACGGAUUACAUUCGGUAUCGAUAUGUGUGGGUGGAAGCUAAUCAAAACUGGAUGGUUUAUAAAUCAAAGCCAGUAGACUACUGUGACCAUUAUGGUUUGUGUGGAGCCAAUGGGAACUGUAUCAUCACUGAGUCACCAGUUUGUCAGUGCUUAAAAGGGUUCAAUCCUAAGUCACCACAGGCGUGGAAUUCCAUGGAUUGGUCUGCUGGGUGUGUCCGAAAUGAACCUCUGAAUUGCUCUGAGGAUGGUUUUAUCAAAUUGCAAGGAUUGAAAGUGCCAGAUACAACCCAUACUUGGCUUGAUGAGACAAUGGCCUUAGAGGAAUGUAGACAGAGAUGCUUGAAUAAUUGUUCUUGCACGGCCUUCACAAAUUCAGAUGUAAGAGGACAAGGGAGUGGGUGUGCCAUGUGGUUUGGUAAUCUUAUGGACAUCAGACAGUUUGCUUCUGGAGGACAGGAUCUGUAUGUGCGAAUGGCUGCUUCAGAAUUAGAAGUGGGAAAUCGACGCAGAAAGAAAUUGAUAAUAAUAGUUGCUACCACCAUUGCUGCAACUUCAGGGAUGCUUCUAGUUGGAUGUUACUUUAUUUGCAAUGUCCGCAGAAAGAUGACUGAUAAAGCAAAAGUCAAAGAAGAAGAUCAACACAGUGAAGGAUCUGAAGAUGAUGCAGACCUCACUUUGCUUGACCUGCCCACGAUAGCUGAUGCCACUGACAACUUUUCGUUGGAGAACAAAAUUGGACAAGGUGGAUUUGGAACUGUAUAUAAGGGAAAAUUAGUGAAUGGGAAAUUAAUUGCAGUAAAGAGACUCUCUAUGAGCUCAAGACAGGGAUUAAUUGAAUUCAAGAAUGAAGUGAGACUAAUUGCAAGACUUCAACACCGAAAUCUUGUAAAACUUCUUGGUUGCUGCCUUCAAGGACAAGAGAAAAUGCUUGUUUAUGAGUACAUGCCAAAUGGAAGCUUGAACUCCUUUAUUUUUGAUGAAAAUCGAGGUAAGUUGCUGGAUUGGCCAAAACGUUUUAACAUAACUUGCAGCAUUGCUCGAGGUCUCAUGUAUCUUCAUCAAGAUUCAAGAUUGAGAAUUAUUCAUAGAGAUUUAAAGGCAAGUAAUAUUUUACUUGAUGAGAAGUUGAAUCCAAAGAUAUCAGAUUUUGGCAUGGCUAAAACCUUUGGUGGAGAGCAAAUAGAAGGCAAUACAAAUAGAGUAGUGGGUACCUAUGGUUACAUGGCACCUGAGUAUGCAGCGGACGGAUUAUUCUCAACAAAAUCUGAUGUGUUCAGCUUUGGUAUUCUGGUAAUGGAAAUUAUAUAUGGGAAGAGAAACAGAGGGUUCUAUAAUGCAGACCGUUCUCAUAACCUCAUAUGUCAUGCAUGGUUGCUGUGGAAAGAAGGGAGGGCUCUAGAACUGAUAGACAGAAACAUAGAGGAGACAUACGUUGUAUCAGAAAUAAUGAGAUGCAUCCACAUUAGUCUUCUGUGUGUGCAACAGCAUCCUGAAGACAGACCCAGCAUGUCUUCUGUUGUUUUGAUGUUGGGGAGUGAGAAUGAGUUGAAUGAGCCUAAACAACCUGGUUUCUUUACGGGGAAGGCUACAUCAGAAGCAAGUUCAUCAUCAAGUCAUCAAAUGCAGUCUGGUUCAACUAAUGAAAUAACACUCACCUUACUAGAGGCUCGGUGAUAAUUACAGGAAAACGUAGUAAAAGUCAAGCGGUACAUUCCCUUUGUAUGUGUAAAGUGGACAGGAGGACUAAAAAGUCCUUCUUUGUAUUGAAUCCUACGGAAUAGAUGAAUUUGUCUUGUUUCACGC